GAGACGGGUUUAGGAGCUAGCAUGGAUUCCACUCUCUGACUCUCCAUCUUUCUCCAUCUGUUAUCGUGUCUCUUUCACUCUGUCUCUAAUUGUUUCAUUUACAUGUGACCAGACCUGUUGAUUAUCAGACGCUGAAAUGGAGGAUGUCAUUACUCAACAUCAGUAUGAAGCAGUCAUUACAACCUGUACAAAUAGGUAAAGAAGAGCACCUGAGGAGCCUAAAUAAAUAUUCAGUACUGUGGACACAUGGAGCACGCGAUACAAGCCAAGAAUAGAUCAUUUCAGAGACAAGCCUGACAGAUCCACCCCUAGCCUCAGCUCAUUCACAUUUCCUUUUUCUACAUUGUGGCUGUAAACAAAUCACUCUGCCUCCCUGGUUCAAAGACUUCCCAAGUCUCCCCUCUCAUCUGUGCCACAGGAACCCCACAGUGCCCCUCAGAGGGGAAAUGCCCAUCUUGCUUAAUGCCGACGCCUCCUUCAGCUCCAAGCAGGAGCUCCUGGACCUUCAGGAUUGCCCUCUCAGCGGGGGCCCCUGCGUGGACACCCCCAGCCCCCCAGAUUCUCAGACAGACAGCCCCAUAGGCUCAGGUCCCAGAAGCCUUGACAGCCCCGGAGCUGAUGGCCCUGUUCGGCCCCCAAUUUUUACUGGGGCUUCCACACUCCCGGGGCAGCUGUAUGGGGUGGAAACAAGACCUCAUGCAGAGACUCCAUUGGGGUUGAAGCUGAUCUCCAGUGAUUCAGAUCAGCUAUACGGCUGGGGGGCUUUGACACCCAAAGCUAUCCAAGUUUUUAACACCCCUCGUUGGGUGCUGUUCUUCCUUUGUGUAGCCUCUUUUCUCCAGGGGAUGAUAAUCAACGGCUUCAUUAACACAGUAGUCACCUCCAUUGAGAGGCGGUUUGACCUGCGCAGCUAUCAGGCCGGCCUCAUUGCCAGCUCCUACGACAUUGCCGCCUGCGUCUGCCUGGCUUUCGUCAGCUACUUCGGAGGGACGGGACACAGACCUCGCUGGCUAGGAUGGGGUGUGCUGAUCAUGGCGCUCGGUUCUCUAGUGUUUGCCUUGCCUCACUUUACCACACCCCCCUACCAGGUCAGUCUGCCCGAGAGAACAGGAAUGUGCUCUGCCAACCGUACCAGCCCGUGCCAGGACAAGGAGGGUGGAGGAUUGUCAAGCUAUCGUUUUGUGUUCAUGCUGGGCCAGUUUCUACAUGGUGUGGGUGCUACACCUCUCUACACCUUAGGGGUCACAUACCUGGAUGAGAACGUCAAGUCCAACUAUGCGCCUGUUUAUAUUGGGAUUUUCUACACAGCAGCCAUUGUGGGUCCGGCAGCAGGCUACCUGCUGGGAGGAUACUUUCUCAACAUUUACACCGAGAUCCACCUGACGACAGAGAUGACUCCAGAGAACCCUCUGUGGGUUGGGGCUUGGUGGAUCGGCUUCCUAGCAGGAGGAGCAGCAGCUCUGCUGGUAGCAUUCCCCAUCCUGGGCUACCCACGACAGCUUCCAGGCUCUCAGGAGUACGUGGCCAUGCGGGUGUCUGAGGCCCACCAGCUGAAGGAUGGAAGCCACACCACAGCCUCAGACCCUCAGUUUGGCAAAUCAGUCAAAGACAUGCCAAGGUCUGUGCUGCUCCUCUUAAAGAAUCCUACCUUCCUGUUCCUGUGCAUGGCUGGCGCUACUGAAGCCACCCUCAUCGCUGGCAUGUCCACCUUUGGCCCAAAGUUCUUGGAGUCACAGUUCAGUCUCAGUGCAUCAGAGGCCGCUACAUGGUUUGGAUACAUGGUGGUACCAGCAGGUGGUGGGGGCACCUUCCUGGGCGGCUAUAUUGUGAAGAGGCUGAACCUGCGCUGUCGAGGCAUUAUCCGUUUCUGCAUGAUGUGUGCGAUGGUCAGUCUGCUUGCCAUCUUCAUCUUUCUCCUCCACUGCCCCAAUGUGCCCAUGGCUGGUGUCACAGCACCGUACCAGUACGACCUGAUGGAGAAACACCAGCUGGACCAGUACAAAGAGCUGUAUGACAAGCCCAGCAAGCUGCGCCUUAGAAACAGCUCUUAUUUAGAGGAGAACCUGACAGUGGGCUGUAAUGCAGGCUGUAGUUGUGUCAGAGAGCUGUACAACCCGGUGUGCGGGGCAGACGGUGUGAUGUAUUACUCCCCCUGCCACGCUGGCUGCAGCUCCAUCAACCACACCGAACACUCCACAGGCAAACAGGUGUACACUGGAUGCAGCUGUGUCAUGGGGAACGUGUCCUGGGGCGAGGAGGGCUUUGCUCUGACAGGGAAGUGUGGCAGCUCCUGCCACCACAUGCCAGCCUUCCUCUCCUUCCUUUUCAUCAUCAUCUCCUUCACUUUCCUGUGUAGCAUCCCAGCACUCACCGCCACGCUCAGGUGUGUGCCGGACAGCCAGAGAUCCUUUGGACUAGGUAUUCAAUGGAUUGUGGUGCGCACGCUUGGUGGUAUUCCAGGACCCAUAGCAUUCGGCUCUGUGAUUGACAUCUCCUGCUUACUGUGGCAGGAUAAGUGUGGAGAGCAGGGCUCCUGCUACCUCUAUCAGAACUCAGCCAUGAGCCAGUAUACACUAGUAGCUGGUAUUAUCUAUAAGGUUAUGGGGACAAUCUUUUUCCUGUUAGCCAGCAUCCUGUACCAGCCUCCUCCUGAGUCACCUCAGAGCAGCUGUGAGAGCACCGACCACGGAGUAGGAGACAUGAGCGACCUGCCUGUCAAAGACCUGCCUGAAGAUGGCGUCAUUGUCAACCUGCAUGCCAGGUUAUGACGUCAGUGACCCCCCGACUGCUGAGUCUCUGUCUGUCUGACUGUGUGUGUGUGUAGGUGCUGCUUAGCGCAGUGUGUGAAUGUGUGUUUGGGUGGUGAUGCAGGGGUGCUUCCUUUAUACCAACAGCCUUCUCUCAGCCAUAAUGACACCACCCUCUACGUACACAUGCAUGCAUGCAAACGCAUGCAAUCACAUUUAAUGGACAAGAUUACUGUAAUACAGACACGUAAACUCAAAUGGAGGAUGUCUUCACACACACACACACACACACACACACACACAACUUUCUAUAAUACAUGAUGAUUCUAACAUGCUGCUCUCGUGGAAGAAAAUCCUGCUGUGACUACGUGUGUAUAUCUGAGAGUAUGACUGAUAGGCUGGUGCCAGGCAAGUUUUUAUGUGCUAGGAAGCAUUUCUACAGAUAUCUCAACACUAUGUUGAAUCAGUUCAAAUGACUUUUUAGAAGGUAAGUCUGAUGACAUUUCUGUUUCAUAUUUUAUGUCAUUUUCCUUCAAAAGACAAUGAAACAGUUGAGACCCAUGUGGUAUGUAUUUAUGUGCCGUGUGUAUGAAGCAUUUAUGAUGUGAAAAACGGUAUUUAUAUCCAUGCUCUUUUUUUCUGUUCUUUGCCCAUUACUGGAAGAUAGUUACACUGCUGUACUUCCCACCCAGAGAUAAAGCCAUGGUCUUGUAUACAGUAUGAGACCUUCAGGACAGUAAUAACAAAGCCAAAUCAUUUCAUAUCAUAUGUCAUAUUUUAAGCCAAUAGUAUCUAAAGGCACUUAUAUUAAUAUAAUGUGAAUAUAUACUGGUCACAGUACAGCAGCACAAAUAUAUUUUCAAUUAGAAAAGCACAUGCAUAUUUUUGAUUGCUACUUGGACACAUACAGUAUACAAGAGAUUUAUGACCAGUAAUUGGCUUGCAUUAAAAGUAGUAAUACAGAGACGAAAACCACCACGUUGGUGAUCUAUGAAAUAGCUCUGAAUAUAAACAUUGUUCUGUUUGCCAGAGUUUAGUAGAACAAGCUUUGAUGCUUCUCUUCCAUAGAAAUUGCAUAGCUGCACUUUAAAAAGAAAAUAAAGGCGCUGAGAAGCUUGAAAAGUAUGUGUUGGCACAAUUAGGGCCUGGUCACAACAGCUUUUUAAAUGGAGUAGGCAUAGCUGCAACUGAAGCAGCUUCAUGACCCACCCAACAUACCCUUUUAUGCCUCCGUGCCAGUGAUAGUUGUGGCUGUUGUCCAUCAGUCCAUAUGUCAGUAUGUCCAUCUGUCCCAUUUUUGUGAGCCCUCACAAGCCUAUCACACAAACGUUUUGAGGGGAUCUCUUUAAAUUUAGCACAAAUGUCCACUUGGACUCAACAAUGAACUGAUUAGAUUUUGGUGGUCAAGGUG